CGUCUCACUAUUCAGUGUGAGGCAACACAAAUGGGCUCACGCAAGCACUGUCCUGGUGGAAGUCUGUUUUGGGAGCACCGAAAAGCCUUCUCUUUGUUGAGAUCAUAGUCCACUCACCUCCCGCCUCCAGAUCUCCUCUCCUUUUUUUUUCUUCAUACGGCAAGUGAUGAAUCUAUUUUUUCCAGAUCACAUGAGCCAAAAUGUGGGGGAAUCCUCUAAGGAGCAGAGACUUGUUUGAAGGUUAUCAGAAAGAGGUAUGGAGUGAAAGACUUGAGGGCUUCAUAAGGGGAUGAACUCUCAGACAGAACGGAAAGCUUUCAUGCAAGUGAAUUGUCCUCAGGAAGCUACCAGAGAUAUGACUGAAGAAAGUGUCACCAGGAAGUUCAGUGCCCCAAUCCAAACAUACUUCUGUUUCGCCAUCAUUUCUCUCACAAUCUGCCUUCUUGCAUCUUUGGGAACCAUUGUGGUCUUGGUACUUCAAAGGACGGGAUCUACGGCUGAGUACGAUGGACACCAAGGUAGAGAGAAAUGUGUGCCAUGGAAAAUAUCAGCAGAGGCUUUGAAAAGUCUGCAGACAAUGGCAACUGAGAAAGCAGCUGCAUAUCUUCAAGUGCUUAGGCCAAUCAACCAGUCAGAACUGCGAUGGAUUAAUGAGGGCAUCCUGUACAACAUUCACUACAACCAUGGAAGGCUGGUGAUCCAGACACCUGGAAUGUACUUCAUCUAUUGCCAUUUGCACUUUUACAUUGCUGAGUGCAAAGGUGGGGAGAUCACCAUAAAGUUGGAGAUUCUUGUGAACACAUCUGUGGCGAGGUCAACUUUGCUCACUUUGUGCAGCUCUCAGAAAUCUUUCAGAGACAAAAGACAAGACCUCUUUGUAACUUUACUGGCAGAAUUGAAGAAGGGGAAUACAGUAGGAGUACAGGUCAAUGACUUCAGCUAUGUGGACGUAUCUGACUUCCCUGAAAACAAUGUUUUUGGAGCCUUCAAGUACACUGGUGAAAACUGGAGGUACUCUUUGUUCAGGACAGAAGAUGAAAAAUGACUUUAAUUGUUUUAAAUAAAGGUAUAUAUUGAGGGCCUGUCGUUU